AUGGCUUUCGAAAAUUACAAACCUUCGCUUGACGAUCCAAACGCUUGGGUACCUUACCGAUACUAUCCCAGCGUUCCUGCUGCUGCCAUAUUCAUCGCUCUUUAUUCUAUCGUGACUAUUGCACACAUCGCUAUCAUCGUCACAAGUCGAACAUGGUCAUUCACGCCAUUCAUUAUCGGUGGUCUUUUUGAACUCGUCGGCUACAUCGGACGGGUUAUAUCUGCCAAAGACAUUUGGGCUCUAGGCCCAUAUAUCGUUCAAAGCAUCUUACUUCUUGUGGCACCGGCGUUGUUCGCUGCAUCGAUUUAUAUAAUACUUGGCCAGAUUAUGGUCUUCGUUGGCGGAGAACAGUUCUCAUUGGUGCCGAGGAGAUGGUUGACAAAGGUAUUUGUCGCUGGAGAUGUCGUCUCAUUUCUUCUACAAAUGGCCGGGGGCGGUAUUCAAGCAGCUGGCACAUUAGAGUUCCUCAAUCUCGGCGAAAAAAUCAUCACUGCUGGACUUUUUGCCCAAAUUGUUUUCUUUGGAUUUUUCAUCGUCGUUGCUAUAGUCUUUCAGGUACGAUUCGCACGACAUCAAGCCGCAUCGGAUCUGAGACUUGCCAAAUGGAAAAAGCACAUGUAUACGUUGUAUAUCGGCUCCUUGCUCAUUAUGGUCCGGUCCAUUUUCCGCGUUGUUGAGUACUUGAUGGGUAAUAACGGCUUCUUACUUCGCCACGAGUACCUUGUCUACAUCUUCGAUGCUACCCUGAUGUUUCUCGUCAUGCUUCUAUUUCUCUGGGUUCAUCCAAGACAACUUCGGUCUUCACUUUCCUCCGAAGAAUCAUCCUAUAUUUUAGACGUUGGCGCAAACAACAGCUUGAAACAGAAGGGAUCCUCUCACCACCAAACUCAUCGGGAUACUCUCCCGAUUCACCCGGCCAAAGAGAGCUCGUCGCCCGUCAGUGUGACAACAAGAGCUACAAGUACAACUACCACUGCCACUGCAGCUCGACUGCCGCAGUCUCGUUUGCCCGCUGCAGCAAGCCGUCCCUGUCAUUCGCCGCUCGGAAGGGCUGAGGAGAGUGAUGGCGCAAUUCCAACUUACACCAUCAAGGACAUGGCGCUAUUACACCACUGGACGUGGUCGACGAGCCAGAGCGUUGCAGACUUCCCCGACGUGAGCCGCUACUGGCAGACCGUGUUUCCGCAGAUUGCGUUUGAGCACACUUUUGUCAUGCACGCCAUUCUCAGCUUGGCGGCGUUGCACCAGGCAUACCUUUACCCGGAAAGAAGAAAGCAGCUGACACUGGAGGCUAUGCGGUAUCAUAGCCAGGCACUGCAGGGCUUCCAGCGCGGCAUUGAGCGUAUGAAUGAUAGCAAUAGUGAUGCGCUGUUCGCUUGCUCCUCGUUGAACAUCAUUUAUGUGUUCGCCAUGUACGGGCAACUUUACGACGAUGCAGAGUUUGACAUGACCCCGGCAGCCCGAAAGUCACGAAUCCUAGGCGCGGAGUGGCUUCCAAUGGUACGCGGUGUACAGGCCAUUCUAGAUCCCGUUUACCAGCGCGUCCGAUUCGGGCCAUUGAGUUCGCUAUUGAGCAUUGGAAAUUGGGACCACCUAGAUCCGGACUCCGAGCGUGUAGCCGAUGAUGAGCGCUUCCGCAGCCUUGGCAACCUAUGGGCAGAGAGUACUGGAAACCGUGGACAGAAUGGCCAAAACAGAUUGUAG